AGAUUGUGUGCACAUAGUUUUGUAAUAGUUUUGUUUUUAAAGGGAGUGUGUUUGCCAGUAAUAUGGACAGCAGUAAUAUUAUAUGGCAAUGUGUACACAAAGCAUUUAGCUAGCGAUUAGCUUAGCGUCCGUCGUUCUUCAGAUCAUAACUUGCCACGCGUAUUGGUGGCGUAUGCUAUGCUAUUCUUUGGCGCAUGUCCUUAGGUCCUUUUAGAAUAGUGGCUUUUAUUUGAGGAGUUUAUUUGUGUUGCAAUAAAUUAUUGUAGCGGUAGAGCCACAAAUUUGUCCCGUGCUGGUGUAAUGAAGUUUUUGUUUUUUUUUUGGAAAUGGUUGAUAUCAUUUUAAGAUUAAAUUAUGUUUUUGUUUUAAUCAGUUAAUAAUUUAAAUUUGUAUUUGUGAAUUUUAUCUGUUGGAUUUUUUUAUUUCGUCCACUCUAAUACUUUCCGUACUGCACACCGCACUUUUUGAACUUUUUUUGUUUCCGUACUACCUGCGCUGUCUGUCCUGUCUCAUGUUGCCGCAUGCACCGAUGAGGGGGAGCUGUGCAGUGCAGACACAGAAACCUACAUCUACAUGCAGGCCAAUAAAACGAGAAGAUAAAAGUCCAAGCUGGCUUCAGUAGUUUCGUACGGUCAGGGAGAGAGGCUGCAAUGAAAAGCGUUACACUAACGGGUUCACGGAAGAAAUGGAACUGAUGGUCACACAGAUUUAUGGAGGCAGACAUCCAAACCUAGAUUGGACCUCCAGGAGAGACGAGUGUGGCCACUGGGAUGUGCACAUUUAUGGACUUAAAGGGGAGCUGUGCAGUGCAGACACAGAAACCUACAUCUACAUGCAGGUGCCCCAACCAACCUUCUUAUCAAGCCUCUCUUCCACCGCUACCACCUCUUAGCGAGCCUCUGGUGGGACGGGUUCAUCCUCUGGCUCUGUCUGUGCUGAGACUUAAUUAUGAUAUGCCACAGCAACGUCAGCCCCAAGUAUUGGCUGAGAUGGAGUCAACUUUAGCAGCAGUGAUGCAGCAUCAUAAUGCACAAUCUAACCUAAGCCAUGCAGAUGUUGGAUUAUUUGUUGCACAUGCAGCCCAUGUCCAGUCAGUCUGUGAAGAUGUCCUGGUCAGUUCUUUACAGUACCAAGAUCAUAAGGCGCAUAAACCAACCUCGUGUCAAGCCAACACCUCCGUCUCCUGCAGAGGAGCUCCGCAAUGGGGAAAUCCACAGGUCAGCAAGAAAUUAAAAAGGUGCCCCAACCAACCUUCUUAUCAAGCCUCUCUUCCACCGCUACCACCUCUUAGCGAGCCUCUGGUGGGACGGGUUCAUCCUCUGGCUCUGUCUGUGCUGAGACUUAAUUAUGAUAUGCCACAGCAACGUCAGCCCCAAGUAUUGGCUGAGAUGGAGUCAACUUUAGCAGCAGUGAUGCAGCAUCAUAAUGCACAAUCUAACCUAAGCCAUGCAGAUGUUGGAUUAUUUGUUGCACAUGCAGCCCAUGUCCAGUCAGUCUGUGAAGAUGUCCUGGUCAGUUCUUUACAGUACCAAGAUCAUAAGGCGCAUAAACCAACCUCGUGUCAAGCCAACACCUCCGUCUCCUGCAGAGGAGCUCCGCAAUGGGGAAAUCCACAGGUCAGCAAGAAAUUAAAAAGGUGCCCCAACCAACCUUCUUAUCAAGCCUCUCUUCCACCGCUACCACCUCUUAGCGAGCCUCUGGUGGGACGGGUUCAUCCUCUGGCUCUGUCUGUGCUGAGACUUAAUUAUGAUAUGCCACAGCAACGUCAGCCCCAAGUAUUGGCUGAGAUGGAGUCAACUUUAGCAGCAGUGAUGCAGCAUCAUAAUGCACAAUCUAACCUAAGCCAUGCACAUGUUGGAUUAUUUGUUGCACAUGCAGCCCAUGUCCAGUCAGUCUGUGAAGAUGUCCUGGUCAGUUCUUUACAGUACCAAGAUCAUAAGGCGCAUAAACCAACCUCGUGUCAAGCCAACACCUCCGUCUCCUGCAGAGGAGCUCCGCAAUGGGGAAAUCCACAGGUCAGCAAGAAAUUAAAAAGUUGGUGGAGGAAGAGGAAGAGGAGGAUGAUGGUGACCAUGAGGAGGACAAGACCAGAGAUUUUGAAGAAAAGGACAGUGACUCAUCCUCAGAAGAUAUGUAUAAGUGAAAACAGAAGCAAGUUAAUCACAAUAGGGAAGUAACAAAAAAUACAUAAUAAUAACAAUUAAAAAAUACAAUACAAGGCUCCUUUAUACACUCUCUCUUAGUUUUUCUGAGAGGAGGUUCUGUAUCAUUCAUCACAUGCUAAACUAUUCUUUAAAGAUGAGGUGACAAAGAAAUUUUGUGCUAUCAACUGUCUGUGUUUAGCUCUUUCACUUAGAAUCCAGUGAAAUCUCGCCUUCCUAAGUCUUCCAUUUCUUCUUUGUGGAGUUCCCUAAAGUUGGUGCAGCCUUCAUGGAGCUCCUACCUGCCCCCCACAGAGUCACACCUACAGGACAUACAAUGGGUAUUGUGAGCCGCCUAGACCACCUGGGGCCGUCGGCAGGGGAUGGGCCUUUUACCCUGAACGAUCGUCUUCCUGGAAUAAAGGGAACGUGAUUGGGAGCUGGUGAUUGGGCGAGUGUCUUCCUGGUGGCUCUGACUCAUGAUCAGCUGUCACACAGCUGUCAGUGAGGGACACACAGGUGACACUACGCUGCACAUGAAGUUGGUGUCUCCUGCAAUCAGAAAAAAGAUGAAAAGGAGUCACAUGCAUUGUCGUGCAUUGUUCUUCACCUGCGCGACUGCUGGUCUUUAGAGAAUAAAACAGAGCGACCCUCCGAUGUGGCACAGAAGAACUCUCCCCUGUAGCGGCUGUGGCCAUACCGUCUGUUCUUGGGCUGACCACAGCGGCGACAGCGGACAUGCUGAAAGAUCUUCCUCUCUUUAAGAGGGAGACUCCUCUCUCGCUGACGACGCAGCUCCUCCUCUCUAAUCCUCCUCUGCCAGGCUGUGGAGCGAGGAACAACGGCAGCAGCAGCAGAAGCAGGAGCAGCAGCGGUGAUGGAGAUGGCAUGUCCCAGUGAGGUGAGAUGGAUCCUACCACUGCAGGAGCGUCUUCUGGUUGACGUUGUAGAGGUGGAUGGAGGUGUUGGUCAUCAGCGUGGGGCAGCUGACUACAACGUCCCGGAUGGUGUUGUAGUCCCUCAGGACGGAACCCCAGCGACUGACCCGGACCCCGCCCAGUGAACGUCCCUCACUGUGGACGUCACACAGCUCCAUGAAGAUGGCCUCCACCAGCCUGCUGACUUUAGGGGACUGAGCACCUUUGCCUAGAAAGGAACUGCACACAACCAGAACCCAGCGUUCUGUCCUGUUGUGGCAGGACAGCCUGAAAGGGAGCACAACAAGUCAACGGUUGAAGUCCUGACCCGACACGCCUCUUUACGUUUAUAUGUAGGCAUCUCACAGGCUCAGCACUUACUUGUAGGUGAGUACAGCCGGGAAUUGAUCCUGGUGACUCAGGUCCAACUGAUUCAUGAUGUCCGGGACCCAGGCGGCCAUCUUCUUCCCACAGGAACGACAUUCCAGGUACUCUGUGCCCAUAAAGUACCAGCCGUCCCUGUCCAGAUCCCUGCGCACCGUCUUGUAGAGUCCUGCGCCGGUCAGCUUCGUGUCACAGCUGGGGCACACAAGCCUGCACGCCCACAUCUUGUAGGGCAUCCACAGGAAGAACGGCCUCUGGAAGAAGCCGUGGGACGACUCACCUCUCAGCCAGUAACUGACCCUAAGGGUUUAGGACAGCCCUCAGCUGCGGCUGCAGCUCUGGUCCUGUGCUGCACGGCGACGCCGCUGUCCCCACUGGAAGGCAGGUCCAGCUCAUCGACUGCUGCAGGAGUGGAGGCUGAAGAUGGGACCUCUGCAAAAAUAAAUAAAAGCGUAGGUCAUGGCUCCGUGGGGGCCGAACCCCACCAACUUCUUGUCUUGGCUCCGGACAGACUUGGAACCCUCCGUGGCACGGCGUCCCUCCACGGCUGACAUCACCUCUGGGAACAGCUUGCUGUAGGAGCACCUUGUUGGCCAUAAGUGGUGAGCUGGAUGUGUCACCACUCUCCCGCUCCUUCUGGUGUGAGGCCAGCAGGGACACAGCGUAGCCCACGUCGUGACUCAGGAGCCACUUGAAGGUCUGUCCCCGGUACUGCCCAAACUGGAUCUCAUAUUGGCUGAGAACCAGCUGCGAGCAGUGGGGAUCUCCUCCUCCUUGCAGAAUGCAAGGCACCGGCUGGAUGGUGUUGAAGGCACUGGAGUCAAAGAUCAUGAUCCUCACAGUGCUGCCGGGCUUCUCUAGGUACAAGGUGUCCACGUCUCCGCUGUCCAAGCAGCUUCCAUCCCUGGUGUUGUUCCAAGGGGGGAAGGAGGUGAUGCGGCGCCCCCAGGUGGACAAGAAGGGUAGAGCUGUGUCCUGGAGCUUCACUGAGAGGUCAGGGACGCAUGAUGAUACAUGAUGAGAUGCUCCAGCUCCAGCAACAGGAUACAGCCGGGCUAACGAAACACACCAAGCCUAGAGAAAGUGCCAACAUGCACCUACACCCCAUCGCAUUCCUCAGCAGCUGUUCUGCUCCAGCCGAGCUCCAGGUCAGAGGCCGUGCGACUGGGAGGAGCCUGCACUUCACACGUGCUUCGCUCUGUUCAGAAGGUCCAGUUAUCACCCACAUGACCCUGCAACUGUGUGGGACCCUUCGCUGGUGGAAUUGAUGGUAAACAUGCAGGGCAACAACCAGAAACCUGAUUAAACGCUGCUUUUUGUGUGGUCGUGCAUCAUCAUUUAUGUCGGGAGAGGAGCUCCUUAUGGGAGCACACAGCCGCUGUGAAGGACGAGACCCUCAACAUGGAUCUGAAACAGGAAGAUGAUAAAACAAACAGUUCAAAUGAUCAAAGAAGCUAAACAUGGAGCGUUAUCCACUGUCCAUGUGUGAUACAACCUUUGUUUUAAUAUAUUCAGGACGUCUGACUUCUAUUGUAAUAAUACUACAAAUUUAGUGACAAUAACAUUUUCUAAAAUUACAUCUUGGGAAUUUCAUUUUUUAAUAAAAAUGACAUUUGAUGUUUGUCCACUAGCGACAUCUCAAAUUAGGCAUUUGGUCUUUGAAAACAAGACAUUCACAACAUUUUAAAUCAUGAUCAACCAACAAAAACCGAUCAACCGUAGAGCCAACCAAACACAAGCCACGUUUUAAGUCAAUAUUAAAAACUCUUCAUUAUCAAUAGUUAUAUUCCAUAAAAAUUCAUAUAAAACAACUUCAAAUUAAAUAGGUGAAAUUUAAAAAAAUGACAACACUUGAAUUUUCAAGAAAAACGCCGAAGGAAUUUGUUUUCUAGAAAAGUCUGCCUUGUCUUCAAGAUCCUAUGAACCACACAAAGGCCGGUGCAUGAUUUCCUUGUCGACUUCCUCGCUUCUGUUAGUUCCAACAGACACUGCUGUCCACAACAACACUGGCUGUGGGGGCUAGUAGUGAUAGUAGUGCAUGCUGCAGUAUGAAGGCUUUUUUUUUUUUUUUUU